GAAAAUAACAUAUUGAGAUAUCGGAAAUCAUCAUAAAAUUAAAAUAAAAGUGGUAAAGUGUGAAAUUGAGGUGUUUCGCUUGAUAAUGAAUCGAUAAAUAUUGCAGAAAUAUGUGCGAAACAAAUUGACUAAGCAAAAGAAGUUUAUGAAAAAUCAUUUCGGCAAAUGCCGAAUAGUAAAAUGUCAAUGUUUAGUUUUCAAAAGUCAUUUGAAAAAUCGUUACGAUCGUCAACAAGCUCAUAUCAAGUGCCGAUCAUUACACCACUAAAGACUGAAAUACAUAAAGGUUGCACGGGCAAAGCCCACGCAUGUGGAUCCAUCAAAAGCACCAACACAGUGUUGGUAAAUAAAUCGUCAACAGUGACACCGAAGCCCAAGGUGAAGAGUGAUGGCAAGACGUUAAGAAAAAAUAGUUUGAGUUCAGAGACCGUGAGUGAUAGCGGAUCGGAAAUUUCGUCAUGGAACUCAAAUAAAGAUUCUUCAACAUCAGCAUCAAUCUCGGCGCCGCUCCCUUCUCUUCCCAAGCCUUUAAAUAGAACAAAAUCAGUGAAUUAUGGGACAACAAAUGGAUCACCAGCACUAACAAGAAGGAGAAUCUCAGACAGUGUGAUUUCCACUGAUGUAACUGACAAAGCUAAAAACGGAAACGGCUUUCGUCGUGGUCGUUUGAUGAGCGAUGAUGGUGAUGGAAAAAAGGCAGAAGAUGAAAAUUCAAGAUUAAGAAGAUCAUCAAGCUUCCGAUCUAAAAAUAUUCCACCAAUGAUUCCAUUAAAGCCGAAAAUUGUGCAAACAACAUCAACGAACUCAAUCAAACGAAAUGGAAGCUUCAACAAUCGAUUAAGAAAUUCUUUUCGCAAUAAAACUCAAGCAACUAAUUGGAAUACGAUUUGGGAAUCAUCAUUUGCUUCUAAGCUUGGCGGUGGAAGUUUGAAAGUUCUCGAAAAGAAAUUACUAGAGAAUAUUGAUAAGGUAACACCAACAAGUUUAUGA